AUGUCUUCAGCUUUGAGAUUUGCACAGAAACUUCUGCGCCGGGCGCCAUCUCGAGCGAGACAAAAUCUGGAGCGACUUGCCGGACCUCAUGUACUCGAUAGUUCAUUGAAAUACGAGGAGGAGAAGCUAAGGUGGUACACCCCAGAAAAAUUCUAUCCGGUGUCAGAGGCGAACUCACGUCAAGCAGCAAGGGAAUGGGAAGUUUACAGGCCUAUAAAUACAAUCACCACAUCACAUGCGGGAUCUAAAUGUGUGCGAAUGCUGUUAGAUUCGUUUGAUAUUACCACAGCUACGGGUAGUCAUAUAUGCAUGGUACAUAAACCUCUCGGUUUACGAAUAUCUGACUUCCAAGCACUCAUUCCGGGAGGGAAGCUCCCACAAGAUAUUUUGAAGCUCACACUGAAACAUGUGCUUCUUGCGCUGGAGUUUCUUCAUUCAGAAUGCCAUUUAGCACACACUGAUAUCCAAGCCAAGAACAUUCUCAUGGGCAUCGAUGAUGAGAACGUACUCACGGAGUUUGAAGAGGCGGAAGUCCGGGAUCCAAGUCCUUGCAAGGUCGAUGGAGAUCGCGUUAUCUAUACCUCUCGCCAAAUGCGCGUAAGGGGAAGUGCUGGUCGUCCAGUACUAUGCGACUUUGGCGAGGCUCGAAUUGGCGAUGGACAUUUCACCGAGGAUAUCCAACCAUUUCUGUACCGCGCACCAGAGGUUAUAUUGCGAAAGCCAUGGAAUAAAAAGGUGGAUAUUUGGAAUCUAGGAGUAUUGAUCUGGGACCUUUGUCAGAACAAACACCUAUUCGAUGCUCGAGAUGCCAAUAAUGAAACUACGAACACAGUGCACCUCGCCGAAAUGAUUGCUCUGCUUGGGAGCCCACCAAACUCAUUCCUGGAGGGAAGCCCAAUUGUCGGGGAUUAUUUCGACAAGAGUGGGUGCUGGAUUGGGGAUGUGAGAAUACCAUCUAACUCGCUCGAGGAAUUUGAGGAGAACCUGAAGGGGAAGGAGAAAGCUCUCUUUCUUCAAUUUAUGCGCAAGAUGUUACGAUGGGUUCCUGAAGAACGAAUGUCGGCAUUUGAUCUUCUAGAUGAUCCGUGGUUGAACUCCUAGCUUGUCACAAGCUAGUUUCGAGGGAU